UCUCAUGCAGCUUAGAAGACCUUACGGGACGCGUAGUCAGGAGUCCACUCAUCCAAUAGCACAUGGCAGUUUUUGGGGAUGUGUGGAAAUGCAGAUUCCGCCAAUGGGACCGUGACUGUGAAGACCUGGAGGUAGCAGUCAAAUCCAUAAGAAUCGAUAUCACAAACGACGAUCCCAGGGUCAGACUUACUCGAAGACUCUUGGCCGACUAUCAUGCACGGAAGCAACUGCAUCACGAAAAUCUUUUGCCUCUGCUCGGUUUCAGUUACGAAUUUGGGCUACUUCCAGCGAUGGUUUUCCCCUGGAUGCACAACGGCUCGCUCACCACAUAUCUUGAACACCAUUUCACAGAAUUGACCAUCGAAAAAAGCUCCGGAUCUUGCGGCAAGUCGCUGCAGCCAUCAGCUACCGUAUGUGAAAUCUUCAAUAGUUUAUGAAAACAAUGAGUAACGCCAUUGCAGUCCACUCGAAGGGCAUCGUCCACGGCAACCUUACUGCUAACGACAUUCUGAUAGAUUCGGAUCA